GGAAGAGAAAGGCAGGGACGGGACAGGAGUCGGAUUACAAGAUGGCGGCCGUGCCGCGGCGUUAGCGGCUGCUAUUGCUGCUGUUGCUGCUGCUGGUUGGUACUGCUGAGGCAGAGAGCGGUGGCGCCGAGCUGAACGUCAUGAAAAGCGGCGAGUUAAAGGCCUCCUGAGUGACGCGCUCAGCCCCCUCCUGGUCCCUCCCCGUCCCUUGCGAUCGGGCCGGGGCCCCACCAUGUCGGAUACCCGGCGGCGGGUGAAGGUCUACACGCUCAACGAAGAGCGGCAAUGGGACGACAGGGGCACCGGGCACGUCUCGUCCACCUACGUGGAGCGGCUCAAAGGGAUGUCGCUGCUCGUCCGAGCCGAGUCGGACGGUUCACUUUUGUUGGAAUCGAAGAUAAAUCCAAACACUGCGUAUCAGAAACAACAGGACACUUUGAUUGUUUGGUCAGAAGCAGAAAAUUAUGAUUUAGCUCUGAGUUUUCAAGAAAAAGCUGGCUGUGAUGAGAUCUGGGAAAAAAUUUGCCAGGUUCAAGGUAAAGACCCUUCUGUGGAAGUUACACAGGAUCUCAUUGAUGAAUCAGAAGAAGAACGCUUUGAGGAAAUGCCUGAAACUAGUCAUUUGAUUGAUCUCCCUACUUGUGAACUCAACAAACUCGAAGAAAUAGCAGACCUAGUUACCUCAGUUCUCUCAUCACCCAUACGUAGAGAAAAAUUAGCCUUGGCCCUGGAGAAUGAAGGCUACAUUAAAAAAUUAUUACAGCUUUUCCAGCUUUGUGAGAACCUAGAAAAUACUGAAGGCUUGCAUCAUUUGUAUGAAAUUAUUCGAGGAAUUUUGUUCCUCAAUAAAGCAACUCUUUUUGAGGUGAUGUUCUCAGAUGAGUGCAUUAUGGAUGUUGUGGGAUGCCUUGAGUAUGAUCCUGCAUUAGCUCAACCAAAAAGGCACAGGGAAUUUUUGACCAAAACAGCAAAGUUUAAAGAGGUCAUACCCAUAACAGACUCUGAACUUAGACAAAAGAUUCAUCAGACUUACAGGGUACAGUACAUUCAGGACAUCAUCUUGCCAACACCAUCUGUUUUUGAAGAGAAUUUUCUUUCUACCCUUACUUCAUUCAUUUUCUUUAACAAAGUCGAAAUUGUCAGUAUGCUGCAGGAAGAUGAAAAGUUUCUGUCUGAAGUUUUUGCACAGCUAACUGACGAAGCUACUGAUGAUGACAAAAGACGUGAACUGGUUAAUUUCUUCAAGGAGUUCUGUGCAUUUUCUCAGACAUUACAGCCUCAAAACAGAGACACCUUUUUCAAAACUUUGGCAAAGUUAGGAAUUCUUCCUGCUCUUGAAAUAGUAAUGGGUAUGGAUGAUUUACAAGUUAGAUCUGCUGCUACAGACAUAUUUUCUUACCUGGUAGAAUUCAGUCCAUCUAUGGUCCGGGAAUUUGUAAUGCAAGAAGCACAGCAGAGUGAUGACGAUAUCCUCCUCAUAAAUGUAGUCAUUGAGCAAAUGAUUUGUGACACUGACCCUGAGCUUGGGGGUGCUGUUCAGUUAAUGGGGCUCUUGCGCACUCUAAUUGAUCCUGAAAACAUGUUGGCCACAGCUAAUGUAAGAAAAUGGAAAGGGAAAACUGAGAAAAGUGAAUUUCUAAAUUUUUUCUAUAAUCAUUGUAUGCACGUCCUCACUGCUCCACUUUUGGCAAAUACAUCAGAAGAUAAAAGUGACAAAGAUGCUGUAGUUGGAAACAAGAGUAAUACCAUUUGCCCAGACAACUACCAGACAGCACAGCUGCUUGCUUUAAUUUUGGAGCUACUUACUUUUUGUGUGGAGCACCACACUUAUCACAUUAAAAACUAUAUUAUGAACAAGGACUUGCUAAGAAGAGUUUUAGUCUUGAUGAAUUCAAAACACACCUUUUUGGCGCUGUGUGCUCUUCGUUUCAUGAGGAGGAUAAUUGGCCUAAAAGAUGAAUUUUAUAACCGUUAUAUUACCAAAGGAAACCUAUUUGAACCAGUCAUAAAUGCUCUUCUGGAUAAUGGAACUAGGUAUAAUCUCUUGAAUUCAGCAGUCAUUGAACUUUUUGAAUUCAUCAGAGUGGUAAGUUGUGUGUGUAUUUUUCAGCUUUACUUUUCAAACAUAAUUUUUUUAGGCAUAGAAAUACCUAAAGACUUUAAGUGUAAAAACCAAAAUAGAAAAUGAUCCAGCAAUAUCAAAGGGCCUCUUCUCUAUAAGGCUAUUAUUGCAAGAUGGACACAAGAUGAAAGGACCUUAGUCUUGGUCCAUUCCUUAUAUUGCUGACCCUUUAUCUGUUUCAGCCAGUAGUC